CUAAUCGUGUGUAUUGAAAAAUAGUUGUUAAAUGUUAAUUAUAUUCGGUGUGCCUAAACCUAAAGGCUAAGAGCAAUAAAUAUACUUGCACUUGCACUAUAACAACAACUGAAUUAUGUGGCAAAAAAUGACUGAAUAAAUAAUUAUUAAUAUUGUUUUCGUUAUUCAGUAGAUAACAAUUUAGGGGCAAAAAUGAAAGUAUAAGGAAACAGCACUCGAUAGUCAAUGCACAGUUGAAGCCUGGCUGAAAGUGGUGAAAAUCUACAGCAAUCAGAGGAGAAUUUUAUCGCACUAUUCAGCAAAUUUAACGAGAAAUUACAUACUGUGCUACCGCUCCAGCUCCCAUAAUUUACUGUAGAAUGAUUUGCCGUAAAAUUUAUCGAAAAUAUUCUUGCUGCUUCAGCCAAUGGUGGCGCAGUGUGUACUCCGCCACUGCUCCGCCGUCAUCGGCUGCUGGCGUCGCCGGCGCUCGAAGCGGUAUUUCUGAAAUGGGUUUUAUGCAUCGAUGCGAAGUUAAUGUUUUCAGAGAGACUAGAACAUUGUUUUUCUUAAGGAAUCCUUGUGAUGGAAAUGCCUCGAGCAUUUCAUUAGGGAUAAAAUGUCGUAAAUUUACGACUCAAGCAAUAUCUGAUCUUCCAACUGAUGGUGUGGUUGAUAUUCCGUUGGCCCAAACUGGUGAAGGUAUUGCAGAGUGUGAACUUCUUAAAUGGUUUGUGCAAGAGGGGGACCAAGUUGAAGAAUUUCAGCCGCUUUGUGAGGUACAAAGUGACAAAGCAACCAUAGAGAUUACGAGCCGAUACAAAGGAAAAGUAAUGAAAUUUCUCCAUGUUCCAGGCAGUAAUGUAAAGGUGGGUGAAACUCUUUUGAAGAUGGUUGUUGAUGAGAAUGCUUUCUCCAGUCAAAGUUCUGAGGCUCCAGAGGUUAUAAAUGCACAGGACAUAAGUAUAACUGAAUUGGAUGUUGUUGAUUUAGGGCUCAAAAGAGCAAAAUCUGGUGGAGUGCUGUCCACGCCAGCUGUCCGUAAUUUUGCAAAACAGUUAGGUGUAAACAUUGAGGAUGUGAUUGGAACUGGACAAGAGGGAAGAGUGUUGAAAGAGGACGUAUUGAGUUAUGCUACGAGUCGAGGCAUUUUCGAAGAAAGCUCGAAAUUCUCGAAUGCAUCUUGCGGUGAACAAUAUGUUCAAGAUCAUCAGAAAUUACCAUAUAUUUCGCCGCCAUAUAAAUUGGAGUUCGAAGAUAGUACUAUUCCCCUGAGGGGCUUCCAGCGUGCAAUGGUUAAGUCUAUGACAUUAGCUGCAAAAAUCCCGCAUUUUUAUUAUGUUGAUGAGAUAAACUGCAAUGCUUUAGUUGAGCUGAAAGCCUCUUUCCAGAAUGAAAAUUCUGACCCAAGUGUCAAGCAUACUUUCCUACCUUCGUUGAUAAAGUCCCUAUCAAUGGCACUUAGUAAAUAUCCAUUGCUGAAUAGUUGCUUUAGUGAAGAAUUGCAAGAGGUGACCCUCAAAGGAUCCCACAACAUUGGGAUAGCUAUGGCUACUCCACAUGGCCUUGUAGUGCCGAACAUAAAGCAGGUUCAGACUCUCUCGAUCUUGGAGAUAACAAAGGAAUUGUCACGACUACAACAAUUGGCCCUGGCUAACAAGCUUAGCACUGAUGAUAUAACUGGAGGAACUAUUACCCUAAGCAAUAUUGGUGCAAUCGGUGGGAAAUUCGGCUCCCCUCUUAUCAAUGUUCCGGAAGUUUCAAUAAUCGCAAUGGGAAGAAUCCAGAAGGUUCCUAAAUUUGAUGAUGACGAAAAUGUGUAUCCUGCAUCAAUCAUGACCGUAAAUAUAGGUGCUGAUCAUAGAGUUCUUGACGGGGCUACUGUAGCAAAGUUCUGCAAUGAAUGGAAGAUAUAUAAUGAAAAUCCCGAACUUAUGAUGUUGCACAUGAGAUAAAAUUGCUAAUUGAGAUAGAAUUGAAAAUUUGCAGAAAAAUGGGGACCAGUUCUUGAAGUCCCUCAGUGGAUACAUUGUAACAGGCCAAAGAAUUAUGCCACUAAAUAAUUUGUCCCUUUUUCUACCGGGUUGCAAACAUGAAAAUAAUAAAGAUUUCUUCAAAUUUGUUCACUAUUUUUGUAAUUUUCAUUUCUUUUUACAUAAAUUUAAAGUUCUA